AUGGCCUGUUUGAAAAGCAUAUUCUCUGAGAAGAAGGCCUUAAAGGAAGAUAAAACUGUAAUGCUGACCAAGAAAUGCAGUGCACUGGUGCAGAAGAAGCUACCUCAGAAGCUGCCAGAUCUUGGGAGUUUCCUGAUUCCCUGCACCAUAGGAACCAUUACAUUUGAAAAGGCACUAUGCGACCUUGGAUCAAGCAUAAAUUUGAUGUCUCUCUCUGUGAUGAAGAACCUGGAGAUCCAAGAGGCGCAGCCCACAAGGAUCUCACUGGAGAUGGUGGACAAGUCCCUAAAGAGGGCAUACGGAUUGGUGGAGAACGUUCUAGUAAAUAUUGAAGACCUUUACCCCCCUGCAGACUUUGUGAUACUUGAUAUGGAAGAGGAGAAGGAUGACUCCGUCAUCCUAAGAAGGCCAUUCCUAGAAACUGGGAGAGCUUUGAUUGAUGUGGACAGAGGAGAAUGA